AAGCGCAGUGGCAUCUCUUGAUUCUGAGGUGAGGGAAGUGUGUCUGAGGGAAGACCUGAAGUUCUACUUCAUGAACCCCUGUGAGAAAUACCGAGCCAGACGCCAGAUCCCGUGGAAGCUGGGCUUGCAGAUCCUGAAGAUAGCCAUGGUAACCACACAGCUUGUUCGGUUUGGCUUGGGUAACCAGUUGGUGGUGGCCUUCAAAGAAGAUAAUACGCUUGCUUUUAAGCACCUGUUUUUGAAAGGCUUUUCUGGCGUUGAUGAAGAUGACUAUAGCUGUAGCGUAUACACCCAAGAGGACACCUAUGAGAGCAUCUUUUUUGCUAUAAAGCAGUAUCAUCACCUAAAGAACAUUUCCCUGGCAACCAUUGAUUAUGGAGAAAAUGGAGACAACACAACUGGCUUGAGAUUCUGUAAGCAGCAUUACAAGACAGGCGCCAUGCUUUCCUCAAACGAGACUCUGAAUAUUGACACUGACAUUGAGUCAGACUGCACUCACCUAGACCUCCAGGCGCUCGACAAGGAACCCAAGGGCUGGACACAGGCUCCUUUCUUCAGGCUGGAUUUCUAUCGGCUUGUGAGAGUUGAAAUCUCCUUUGCCCUCAAAGGAAUUGAUCUGCAGGCAAUCCAUUCCCGAGAGGUACCAGACUGCUAUAGCUUUCAGAAUACGAUUACCUUCGACAACACAGCUCACAGCGGAAAAGUCAAAGUCUAUUUUAACAGUGAGGCCAACAUAGAAGAAUGUAAAGCCAUGAAUAUAUCUGGAUCUAUCCAGAGAGGCACUCACUAUGUGCUGGUGUUUGAUGCAUUUGUCAUCAUGGUCUGCCUGGCAUCCCUUAUCCUGUGCACCAGGUCCAUUGUUCUUGCUCUGAGGCUGAGGAAGAGAUUUCUAAACUUCUUCCUGGAGAAGUACAAGCGACACGUGUGCGAUGCUGACCAAUGGGAGUUCAUCAAUGGAUGGUAUGUCCUGGUCACUAUCAGCGACCUCAUGACAAUAAUUGGAUCCGUAUUAAAGAUGGAGAUCAAGGCUAAGAACCUCACAAACUAUGAUCUGUGCAGCAUUUUGCUCGGGACGUCAACACUCUUUGUCUGGGUUGGAGUCAUCAGAUACUUGGGCUAUUUUCAAACAUACAAUGUGCUCAUCCUAACCAUGCAGGCCUCGCUGCCCAAAGUCCUCCGCUUCUGUGCUUGUGCUGGUAUGAUCUACCUGGGGUACACCUUCUGCGGCUGGAUUGUCUUGGGACCGUACCACGAGAAGUUUGAAAACCUGAAUAUAGUGUCUGAGUGCCUGUUUUCUCUGGUCAACGGUGAUGACAUGUUUGCCACCUUCGCUCAGAUCCAGCAGAAGAGCACCCUGGUGUGGCUGUUCAGCCGCCUCUACUUGUAUUCCUUCAUCAGCCUCUUCAUAUAUAUGGUCCUCAGCCUUUUCAUUGCUCUCAUCACCGAUUCUUAUCACACAAUUAAGAAAUACCAGCAAAAUGGGUUUCCUGAAACGGAUCUGCAGAAAUUCCUGAAGGAACACAGUAGCAAAGAAGGGUACCAGAAAGAGCCACCAGCCUUGCUGUCCUGUGUCUGCUGUCUGAGGAGGAGAGGAAGUGAUGACCACUUGAUUCUCAUUGACUAAAACCCUUCUGCUAAUGUCAAUCAAGUCCAAACAUCUUUCUCCUGUGGUAGCGCAGAGACCCUGGAGGGAGCAGAAGUUCACUAAAAGAUUGUCUUACUGAAUUGUGGAUCCAAAAGGAGGGGUGUCUGCCAGCUGCUGACCAGAAGUGACAUUCCAAGUUACUCUUUAAUAAACGUGGAGGGUAGAGGGUAGGCCCCUCCUGAGAUUUAAUGUAAUGGAAGUGUGAUAAUGAAAUUUAUCAGUAGUCUGCUCCUUUGUGACAUCAAAAUGUUAGGAUGGAAAAAAAAUACUAGCAUUUCAGACUGUGUAAGCAAUGCUCAAAGCCAGGUAAAGAUACAUGUUUAUCGCCAGAAAAAUAUUUGUUUUAAAAUGUGAUCCUUGGAAUUAAAGACAUUUACUUCAUGGUCAGCAUAGAAAUACUUUUGGUUUCAAUACCAAAUUAAGGCUUGAAUCUGGAGAACUGGCAAACCAUGUAAGGCUGACACUCGGACGUUAACAGAAAGAUGUCUAGAAGAAUUCAGAUCUUGGCUGGUUGUACUGUGAACUCGCUUCUUGGGCAUGCCACACAGUGUCUGUUAGCACAGGCAGUGGGAUGAAACAGAACAUCUGGAUAUCUCCUCAGCUGAGCUUUCCCUGGCCUGUACACACAGAUGAGUGGUGCUAAACUUGGAGUGGCCACCUGUUUCAUGAGUCAUCUCCACUGUGGUGGGGAUUUACCUUUGUCAAGCAAAGAAAUG